AUGCCUAAACAGGAGAAAAAAAUGUGUGGUGCUUAUGCAUUCUGCUUUAGUGAAGCCUCUGGACAGUAUAAAGUAUUGAGAUUAGGAUAUGGUAAGUUUGACGGACGUCUAAAAGCAACAGAAUUGGAGGUUUACACUCUUGGAGUUGAUGAAAAAUGGAACUAUGUGGGCGAGGUUCCAAAACCUCUAUGGAGAUCAUUUAGUAAUGCUAACGUCAAUGGUUUUGUUCAUUGGAUGAAUUCGGAAAAAAAUGACAGCAUUUACUCGUUCAACAGUUUGACAGAAGAGGUGAAGUCCCUUAACAAUAGUGAGUAUAUUGAUAUAUGGGGAAUGAAAGAGUAUGGAAUAGCUGAAUCUUGGACUAAAACUCGCAUUUUGAAGGAUACUAUUCAACCAAAUAUUCGUAGUGAUAGAUUUAUACCAAUCUCAACUUGGAAAGAUGGAGAAAUAUUGAUGCAACAGGAUCGUGGCAUGCAAGUAGUUUCUUACAACCCUAAAGAAAAGAAGUUUACGAAGGUUAAAGUGUACUUUGGAUAUGCAGCGACAAGGUACAUCCCAAGUUUUUACUCAGUCAAGACUGUCAUUGGGGAAAGUUCUCAAGUCUCAUACACUCAUCCGAAGAUUGCUAAGGUUUAG